GCCUCGAUAUUUAAAAAGAGUUAAUUUUGUGUUUGUUUUUUGUUUUAACAGGGUGUCGUUGAGAAAUCUAAUUGAUGUGGUCAUCUGUUAUAGGUUGUAUAUCAGUGGUUAUGCUAGGAAAUGUAAUUAAUACUCAGCUUACCGGUCUUGGUCUGUUUGAACCCAUGUUCUGAAUCGUUAAUUGAACCAAUUAAAUUUCCACUGGACCCGGGACUUAAGCAGAGCCUUCUCUCAUUUUACGUGAUAAACGUAGAAUUACCCUGCAAGACCUCGAUUGUACACAAGUGGUUUAGUGCGUGCUUUAACUGCGGGGUUGUUGUGUGUGUGUGUGUGUGUUUUGUUUUUGAAGACGUGUGUGUCGGAACCUAGUAAAAUAAAAUAUACAUUUGCAGAAGUACUGUAUUUGAGCGACAGCAAAAAUGGAGCAACAAACCCAGCGCCGGACAAAGAGAAAAUCCGACAAUAAUAAAUACAGCAAGGACGCAAUGAGUGACAUGCGUCAUUCCCUGCUCCGUCGGGAUGCGCUGAGUGCUGCGAAGGAGGUGCUGUACCACCUCGACAUCUACUUCAGCAGCCAGCUGCAGAAUGCCUCCGUCCCCAGUGUGGAGAAAGGAACCAUUGAACUGGUGGAAGAAUUCAUAUUUCAUGUUCCUAAAGAACGAAACGUUCAGCCGAAGAGGCUGAACUCCUUACAAGAGCUGCAGCUGCUGGAGAUCAUGUGCAGCUACUUCCAAGAGCAGAGCAAGGACGCGGUGCGGCAGAUCAUCUUCUCCGCCCUCUUCAGUCCCCAGGGGAAUAAGGCGGACGACAGCCGACUGGCGAUGCUGGGCAAACUGGUCUCCAUGGCCGUGGCUGUCUGCAGGGUCCCAAUCUUAGAAUGUGCUGCCUCCUGGCUACAGAGAACCCAUGCCGUCUACUGUGUCAGGCUGGCCAGGGUCCUGGUUGAUGAUUACUGCAGCUUGGUGCCAAUGUCGAUUCAGACUCUCAAGCAGAUCUUCAGUGCCAGCCCUAGAUUCUGCUGUCAGUUUAUCACUGCCGUCACUGCGCUCUACGACCUCUCCACAGAUGACCUGAUCCCUCCUCAUGACCUGCUGGAGAUGGUCGUGGACUGGAUCUUCGAGGACCCCAGGUUAACCCUCGUCACCUUCCUCAACACGCCCAUCGUGGCAAACCUCCCGCUGGGCUGCCUGGAGCUUACUCCCCUGUCCGGCCUGGUGCGUUGGUGCGUGGAGUCUCCUCUGUCCUAUAAGAGGAACAGGAAGCCCUCGCUGUCCAACGGCCAUGGCGCUAGCAGCAAGCUCUCCUCGGAGGGAGCGGGGGAAGGCAAGGGGGACUCCCAGCAGCCUCUCUACUCCAAGCUGCACCUCAGUGUACUGCAGAUCCUCAUGAUGGUCCAGGUGCACUUGGCUGAGAAGGACCUGUACGGGCGCUUCGGGCUGCUCAUGUUCGAGCACGUGGUGCAGCUCGUGGAGGAGCUCAGUAGACUGGUGGAGGAGCUCAAUCCUCUCAACACCGCCAGGGAGACGGAGCUGUCCUUGGACAGGCUGGCUCAGUCGCUGCAAGUUGCCAUGGCCUCCGGGGCUCUGUUGUGCUCCAGAGAGGACCUCAGACCGCUGUGUUCUAGGCUGCCCCACAACAAUCUGCUUCAGCUGGUCCUGUCCGGGCCUGUCCAGCAGCAAGCCCCACACGCUGCCCUCCCGCCCGGGUUCUACCCACACAUCCACACGCCUCCGCUGAGCUACCCAGCCCUCCCAGUGCACCCCACCCACUCAGCCCUCCCAGCGCACCCCACCCACUCAGCGCACCCCACCCACCCAGCGCAGACAUUUCUACCAGGAAUGGCCUUUCCAUUCAGACCCAUCCGCUAGCAGCAGCAGCAGCUGGACAGUUUAUCAGCAGAGACAUUGAUGCAGACAUUGUGAUAGUAAAUAAAUUAAACUUGCGUGUUCCGUUUUGUAUUUGUCUUGUUGGAAGGUUGUAAUAAAGUUUUAUAUGCUAACGAAAUGUGUGUGUGAUUAUAAUCUGCUUAGAUUUUGUUGUGGUGGUUUAUUCAGGUAAUUAAGACGGGGAAAGAG